ACAUUCAUCCUAACAUGGCACUUUUCAGGUGGUCGAGGUAACUAUGCUUGGGCUCUUGAGCAUGGCACUACGAAACGGAUUCUUAUCAGCCCCUGAGGCCAACACCGUCCUGAACGAUAUGAGAAGAAUAGGACAGCGAUACGAUGCUCAGUUCACAGUUCGAGCAACUUUUAUAGUUGACCUUGAGCUGGCGAUGACGAACCCGAGGGAGGCGCAGGUACAGACAUUGGCAGAUGCUUUUCAUGAACUAGCGAUCUUUCGAGAGUUUACGACUGGCGAGCUCAGGAAGCGGCAAAACCGCACUCCGACCCUAUCCUAAAUGGCUACGGCCCCCCAAAAGCAAUCCUAGCUUUAAAUUAGAGGGAGACGGGUGGUCCACAGCGGCCUCCCCUACCCAUAAAUUCGAUGAACGCCCAUGCUACGUUAAAGCUACUCAUGUAACUUAGAUU